AUGCUGUCUCUCGUGCUCCUCUUGGCUGCCACUGCCUCCGCCCAGAUACCAUCUCUAGGAUGGUGCCCAGACUACCAGCCAAUGGCAAACUUUAACGUGAACCGUUUUCUUGGAACUUGGUAUGAAUCCGAGCGCUACUUCACAGUAUCCGAGUUGGGUAGCCGUUGCGUUAAAAUAAAAUACGACAGUACUCCAGAAGGAAGAAUCCUUGUAUCCAAUGAGAUUACAAAUUCUUUAACGGGACUGAAACGUCUAUUGGAAGGUUCAAUGCAACUGAUUGGAAGAGAGGGCGAAGGACGCAUGAUGAUCAAAUAUACAGCACUACCAGGAACUUAUGACAACGAAUUCAGCAUCCUGGAUACUGAUUACGAUAACUAUGCAGUCAUGUGGUCUUGCAGCGGCAUUGGACCAGUUCAUAUCCAAAACGCUUGGAUUCUGACUCGUGAAAGAAUCCCUCCAUUGAUGGUGUUACAAAGCGCAUAUUCGGCUCUGGAACGCUUCAGAAUUUCUAGGACUUUCUUCGUGAGGACCAACCAAGCUGACUGCAAUGUUCUUCCCGAAAUCGCCGCUGAUCCCGCACUAUUAAAAGGCACAAUUGAAGUCAGUAUAGAUGCCAAAAACAUGCAUCCUAUACCCAACGUUGAAAUUCCUAUUGAGAAGAAGGAAGAAUCUAAAAUUCCGCCUCCGAUAGUUCGCUCUGCUAUUCCUGAAAUAUCAGAUGAACCGAUGAAGAUGCAGGAAAUUGAAAUUAUGGAAAAGAAGGAAGAAAAAAUAGAGAAACCUGUAGAAAUGAAGAACGAAAAUAUGGAAAUGAAAAAUGAAAAGGAGAUGGAGAAGGAGAAAAUGACUGACAUUGAAAAACCUUAA